CGCUGCGUGUGCUUUGUGCGUUCCGUGCGUCGAGUGCGUAGCGAGGCGAGGCGGCGAGUAGUGAACGCGGGGCAGACACCUGUUGAUGCGCGGCUGUGAUUGGUCGGCGGCAGGAGGCGUUCGCUAGACAGGCGCCACGUAAUGGCCACGUGGCUGUGGGCGACGCUGGCGGUGGCAGCUGCGGCGGCGUCUACGUCAUCGUCCACACUGCUGGGGGAACACGUGUGUCAAAGGAAGGAGACGUACAACGUCACGAUGAAGGUGCGCUCCAAGGAGCCGGUCACCCUGAGGACGUACCAGUGGUGCAUGAAGGUGCCGCCGCGCUGCUCCAAGUACCACACCGAGCUGAGGGAGGUCGACAGGACGCAGGUGGUGUCUCGCGACCGGCUGGUGGAGGAGUGCUGCGCGGGCUUCCAGAAGGACCAGGACCGCUGCGUUCCAGUGGCCGACGACCCCAGCCAGGCAGCACCGGCGUCGUCCACGCCAGAUCCGGAAGCGGCUCCAGCUCCAGCUCCAGUUCCAGAGGUGGGGGCGGGCUCGCCCUACUGGCAGCAGCUGCGCCUCACCGACGCCCCCGACCCGGCGGGCCAGCCGCCCCCGCAGUUCUCCGCCGCCGCCGAGGUGUCUGCCCAGCAGAAGGGCGCCCCUCCCGCGGCCGCCUUCCCCAAGAAGGACACCAGGCUCGCCAAGAAGGGCGCGCCCGACAAGACCGCGGGUCUGGACAAGGAGAAGCCGCUGCCACUGGACGCCCUCGCCGGCGAGAGCCGUCCAGCCACGGAGUCCCCAGAGACGCAGACGUCGCCGCCGCCGUCGCCGCCCCCGCUGCCCCCGGAGCUGGACCUGCCGCCUCUGCUGGACAUGCCGCCGGUCCCCGCCAUGUCCGACCACAACCAGUCGCUGACCGCGGGCUCCGAGCCUCCGGGUCCGGGUCGUAGCGGGAGGCGGCGGAUACCCCCGGAGAACGGCCACCCACUGCUGCACUCGGAACUGCCGGCCAUCCACUGGACGGAGAGGGCAGAGCCGGGCGCCGCGGCUCACGACGAGGGAGAAGACGAGGGGGCGGACCACGAGGCGCUGACGUCGACGCCGCACGCGGAGCUGCCGCCCGAGAGCAUCAGCAAGGACGCCAUGAACAAGGGCGCGCCCAGGAAGAAGGCGAGCGACGUGAAGGAGGUGCCCGCCUACGCUCGCAAGACGGCGACUCCACCGCCGGCUGCGGGGGCGGAGUGGGCGGCCGCCGGGGGGCCCGAGGAGGGCAGCUGGGAGCCGUGGGGGCGGCAGGCCGUCCCCAAGGAGCUGCAGGGGGGCGGAGAGCCCGUCGCCAUAGAGCAUCACGUGCUCAACGGCCGCAGGAAGGCAGCGCACGCCAAGCGCGGCCGGGGGGAGGACCUGAAGAGCCUGCCCCCAGGGAAGGACCCCGGCGUGGGUCUGCUGGUGAUGGCCGACCCGCCGCCGCUGCCCGUGGAGGCGCCACCGGCGCAGCCCGCGCCCGACCCCGAGACCGCCAUGCCCACAUGGCUGCCCGUCGCAAUCGGAGGCUCAGCGCUGGUGGUGAUAGUGGUGGUCUCCGUGUCGGCGGCGAUGCUGGCGCGGGGGCGGCGCCGCUACGUGGCGGGGGCGGCUGGGGGCGGCCCGGCGGCGGGGGCGGGAACCAUGGAGCUGCGCUCCAUCAGCCCCCACAGCGGCGCGUGCAGCAUGGCGCCGGACCCCAUGGCGGCAGCUCCCACCACCACAGUGGCGGCGCCGGUCUUCCUGAGCCCCGUCUUCGUGCAGCCUUCGGGAGCGGCGGGCGCGGAGGCGGCGGGGGUGGAAGCGCGCUCCGGGGGCGGCGGGGGCGGUAUGGGCGGCCAGGGCCUCCUGCUGGCGGCGGUGCUCAGCCCCUCCCACGCCCUCUGCUCGCCCAGGACCUCCUCCUUCAUCGAUCCGAUGCAGGCGGCGACGUACGACGUGCCGCCGCCCCCGCAGUCGGCGGCCGGCACGCUGCGCCGCGACGCCGCCCUCAGCCUGGGCGUGGGCGGGCUGCAGCUGCACCACAUGUGCACGACGCCGCCCCCGGCGCCGCUGCCGCUGCCGCCCCACCCCCAGGAGCUGCAGCACGUGUACGAGGAGCUGCCCGCGUGCUGGCAGAGGCCGCCCCCCGCCUGCCACUAGUCGGUCUCCAGCCUGUGGGAUGAAGGACACGGCUGGCCCUGUUACAACUGGCCAAUACCACGCGUGUUCCCGGUCCAUUCCAGUGUAAUGGAUUACCUUCUGGAGUGCGCCAUAUCCUGGUACCAAACUGAACCACCACAUGGUCCCAACUCAAGACCACUGUCAUUUUCAGUCUACGUGAUCAAUAGUUUCAGAAGUGUCGAUGUCUUAGCAACAACCUGGGCUGCUACAGGUAGCUGUGGCCCACCUGAACUACUACAUGGCACUAUCACUGAACCCUGUUGUCUUGUGUUGCUGUAACAACUAAAUAAAAAGUGACAGUUGGCCUAA